CCACAAGAUGGCGGAUCUCGCUCAGCUAUGGACGUGUUCUGUACAAUAGGACUUUAUAGGGAAUGCGGCAUCUAGGUAUUUAUAUCUAUGGUUACAUCGGCCACACACGAGCCUUGGGAUGAUCCAGUGAGGAGAGGAAAUAGACCCGCCAUUUUCCUGCGAGCCUCCAGUCCUUUUAAAAGCCAACGAGGGGAGGCGAGCCGAAGAGGAGCCAGUCAGAGAGGGAAAGGGGGAAGUUAUAAAGAGAGAGAGAGAGAGAGAAAGAAAGAAAGAAAGAAAGAAAGAGCGACAGACAGACAGACAGGGAGAAGGUACAUGAGCAGGGGGUUGUGGAGAGGACGGUUUUGUAAUAGAAGAGGAAACCUUUGGUAUGUAGUUAAGGUAAUAUCUCUCGUUCGUUUGACUUGUGAAAGAACACACAGAGCGAACUUCCAUUUAAAGCGGUUAAAGCUGUAAACAGCGACCAAAAAGCUUUAGCCAGUUAGCUAGCUACAAUUUUUCCUCAGCCGUCAUUCUUUUCUACUUUCCUCUGCUCGGUUUGUAUUAGUGAGGCGGAGGAAGAGUGAACACGCCAAGGGACGAGAGCGUCAGCAUUGGAUAAAAACCAGUCUGUGUUUUGGGUGCUUUUUUUUUUGUACAUAACUGCUACAAUGUCUGGCCAAAGCAUCACGGACAGGAUAACCGCAGCGCAGCACAGUGUCACCGGCUCGGCAGUGUCCAAAACGGUGUGCAAAGCGACCACACAUGAAGUCAUGGGGCCGAAAAAGAAACAUUUGGACUAUCUGAUUCAGUGCACAAACGAGAUGAACGUGAACAUCCCUCAACUGGCGGACACGCUGUUCGAACGCACUGCCAACACCAGCUGGGUGGUUGUGUUCAAAUCCCUCAUCACCACACACCACCUCAUGGUCUAUGGCAACGAGAGAUUUAUUCAGUACCUGGCUUCCAGGAACACAUUAUUCAACCUCAGUAAUUUUUUGGACAAAAGUGGCUUACAAGGAUAUGAUAUGUCCACUUUCAUCCGGCGGUAUAGCCGUUAUCUUAACGAAAAGGCUGUGUCCUACAGACAGGUUGCUUUUGACUUUACAAAAGUGAAGAGGGGGGCAGAUGGUGUUAUGAGAACCAUGAACACAGAGAAGCUGCUGAAGACCCUCCCCAUUGUCCAGAAUCAGAUGGACUCGCUUCUCGACUUCAAUGUAAAUGCGAACGAACUCACGAAUGGAGUCAUUAAUGCCACCUUCAUGCUCUUGUUUAAAGAUGCCAUCCGGCUGUUUGCUGCCUACAACGAAGGGAUCAUCAACUUGCUCGAGAAGUACUUUGAUAUGAAGAAAGCCCAGUGUAAAGAAGGACUUGACAUCUACAAGAAAUUCCUCACUCGUAUGACGAGAAUCUCAGAGUUCCUCAAAGUUGCUGAGCAAGUGGGCAUUGACCGAGGCGAUAUACCAGACUUGUCUCAGGCCCCUAGUAGUCUCCUGGAUGCACUGGAGCAGCACUUGGCAUCACUAGAGGGAAAAAAGGUGAAGGACUCGACUGCGGCCAGCAGGGCCAGCACACUGUCCAGCGCUGUGUCCUCUCUGGCAAACACAGGCAUAUCUUUCACCAAAGCGGAUGAGCGGGAAAAACAGGCAGCCCUAGAGGAGGAACAGGCUCGUUUAAAAACACUUAAGGAGCAGCGCCUGAAAGAACUCUCCAAAAAGCCUUCCACAUCCUCAACCACAGCUGCCUCUCCAGUAUCCACAGCGUCUGGCAGCAUCAGCACCGCUCCAGCAAUCGACCUGUUCUCCACACCCAGCUCCACCAACAGUGCUUCAAAGGUGCCAAAUGAUCUGCUGGAUCUCCAGCCAGCAUUCCAGCCAUCUCUAUCUCUCCCUACCACUCUACCUGUAGCUAACACAUGGGGAGAUCUGUUCUCUUCUUCAGAGUGUGUCGACGACUCCAUUCCAAACUUAAAUCCUUUCCUUUCCAAACCUGUUGAUGUUUCUCCAUCUUCUCUGUCUUCAGAUGCUGUUAGUUUGCCUUCUAGGACUCCCAGUCAUGAAAUGUUUAGUGAUCAUUACAAUCCCUUUCUUGAUUCAAGCUCUUCCAUUGCCUGCACUCUUGAACCCUGUGCUCGGAUAGAGAGCUUUCGCUCAGACUCGUUCUGUUCUCCGGCUCCCUACUCUAACACCCCACUGUUCCACGCCGAGCCUUCCAAUGUAGCUGGACUAUUUGGAGGGUUUUCAGCAUCUCCCAUCCCUCAGCCAGCCAGCUCUUCUGGCCUUAACGUUGACUUUGACUCUGUGUUCGGCAAUAAAUCCACUGCUAACAGCACAGACGCUGCUGAUUAUGUUUUAGGUUGUAUCCUGAAACCCACAGUAGCUUCUCCGAGCCAGGGCAUGCCACCCAGUGUCCAACAGACUGGCAAACUGGUGUCCGAUGACCUGGACUCCUCUCUGGCCAACCUUGUGGGCAAUCUGGGUAUUGUAAAUGGCACAUCAAAAAAUGACAUCCACUGGAGUCAGCCUGGUGAGAAGAAGCUGACUGGUGGAACCAACUGGCAACCAAAGACCGCUCCAACCACAACAUGGAACCCUGCCAGCAUGAAUGGCAUGCAUUUCCCACAAUACGCGCCGUCCAUCAUGGCUUUCCCUGCCACGACACCCACAGGCAUGAUGGGAUACGCAGUGCCAGCUCAGAUGGCUCCAGUGACCAUGAUGACACAACCUACCAUGAUGUACACGCAGCCUGUGAUGAGGCCGCCUAACCCUUUCGGCUCAAUCUCAGGAGCGCAGCCCUCAGCUGCCUCUAGUCCCUCAAGUCAGAGUUCUCUCAUGCCACCAGGACAGGACCCCUUUGCACAGCUUUCUCUCAAGGAGUUCCUUUAGGGACACUUUUAGGUACAGCAUGCCUGGGCCAUGUUUGUAUGUGCUGCAUGUUAAUAGCACUGGGUCUGCUUCUAUUAACAGCCGCCUUAUUGUCUACACCCUGUUUACUUUAGAGUUCACUUCUCAUUAUAAAUAAAUCUAAUACACUUUGACAUUCCAAGUUUAAAAGCAUAUCAUUUCUGAAUAUCUCAGACUUUGUGUUGUGUUGCUGCUAAUUUUUUUUUGUUGUUGUUGUUGUGCUUAGUUUCACCCCAUGUGAUUCAGUGCAUUAGUCAUUGCCUAGUCUACCAUUAUGCAAACACUUGUUUUCAGUUCACCUCAUGACUGUGGUGUUUGGUCAAUAAGAUGAAAUGUGGCCAUCUUAUUACUAUUGUUUUUGAUAUUAUUAUUAUUAUUAUUGUUAUUAUUAUUAUUAUUGUUAUUAUUAUUACCAUUAGCUUACACCAUUUUCAUGACAAUUGAUAAAUCAGACCAAUUAUAUUCUAUUACACUAUUCACAAUUUCACCCCAAUGAACUUUUCAACAUUUUAUAGUGUUACAAGCUGGAAUGGAAAUGGAUUUAAUUGGAUUUUGACAGUGUGUAUAACAUUUGAAGGUGCUUGUUUUUAUUGUGACUCACUCACUUGCUCACUUUCAGAAACCACAUUGUGUUGGUCAGGAUCACAUUGAAUCUGCAAAACACCCUAGAUGGGAUGCUAGUGCAUUGCACAGCACACAUUCACACACACACACACACACACACACACCCACACACACCCACACACACCCACACACAUACACAGACAUUCACACCUAGGGGCAAUUCUUAGCCAGUCCAACUAUUGCCAUGUUUUUGGGAUGUGGGGGGAAACCACACAGUACUGACAACUACAGAUAGCUCAAGAGAGUAACUAUAGCUCAGGAUUGAACCUGGGACCCUGGAGUCUGUCAUCAGCUUUGCACAUCUGGCUCAUGAUAUAUUUGACAAAAUUUCUCAAGCUCUGUCAGAUUGGAUGGAGACCAUUGGUGAACAGCAAUUUUCAAGUCAUGCCACAAACUUAAUUGGAAUGUGGUCUGGGAUUUGACUGGGUCAGUCUAACAUUCAGGUUCUUGGGUUUUGUGUCAUUGCAGUGUAGCUUUGGCAGUGUAUAUAUACACACACGUUGUGAUCUUCCACCCCAGUCUCAAUUAUCUUGCAGUUUGGAACAGAUUUUCAUCUACGAUUGCCCCCACAUAUUUGGCUCCAUCCAUCUUGCCCUCAACCCUGACCAGUUUCCCAGUCCCUGCUGAUGAAAAGCAGCAUCCCCACUACAUGAUACUACCACAGUCAUACUUCAGUGUGGGAAUUGUGUUCUCAGGUUGAUGAACAGUAUUGGGUUUAUGCCAAGGCCAAAAAGUUCAAUUAUAGUCACAUACCUUCUUGGCAAACUCCAAAUUUCAUUGAGCUUUUUUCUUACCACUCUGGUCAUUGUCUGGGCUGUGGUUGUCCUAUGAACAGCUUUUUCCAUUUCAGCUAUGGUUCUUUACAGCUCUGUCAAAGUUACCUUCAUCCUUUUGGUUGCUUUUAUGUUUAUUUGUAAAUAUUUUUGUAGACUAUAUAGAUUUUUGAUAUUAUGGCUAUUUCAUGUAGCUUCAUGACACACAAUCAAAGUUAACUCCAUUUCAUGUCUAGGAUGUAACACUACAAAAUGUGUGAAAGUUCAAGGGUGUGAAUACUUACAGAAGGUGCAUUGAAUGUCAGCUUUUUUCUUUUCUUUUUUUUUUUUUUUUAACCACCUGUGGUGCUCCACACAGAUUUGGGCAGCCCUGAACUGAAACUGUAGUAAUG